GAGGGGGCGAGCGAGAGAGAGAGAGAGAGUUCAACGCUCCACCAAGAUGGGUAUUUCUAGGGAUUCCAUGCACAAGAGGCGUGCCACUGGUGGCAAGAAGAAGGCCUGGAGGAAGAAGAGAAAGUAUGAGCUUGGUCGCCAGCCAGCAAACACUAAGUUAUCAAGCAACAAGACAGUCAGGAGGAUUCGUGUUAGAGGUGGCAAUGUGAAAUGGAGGGCAUUGAGACUGGAUACUGGAAAUUACUCAUGGGGUAGUGAAGCAGUAACUCGUAAGACUCGUAUUCUGGAUGUGGUUUACAAUGCCUCAAACAACGAGCUGGUGCGAACUCAGACCCUGGUCAAGAGUGCUAUUGUCCAGGUUGAUGCUGCUCCUUUCAAGCAGUGGUACCUUCAGCACUAUGGUGUUGAUAUUGGUAGAAAAAAGAAAGUAGCAUCCAAGAAGGAAACUGAGGAGGGUGAAACAGCUGCAGAAGAAACCAAGAAAAGUAACCAUGUGCAGAGAAAACUUGAGAAGCGCCAGAAAGAUCGCAAACUAGAUUCCCACAUUGAAGAGCAAUUUGGUGGUGGCAGGUUGUUGGCCUGUAUUUCUUCUCGCCCUGGUCAAUGUGGCAGGGCUGACGGGUACAUUCUGGAAGGCAAGGAACUGGAAUUUUACAUGAAGAAAAUCCAGAGGAAGAAGGGAAAGGGUGCUGCUUAAUUUUAUUAGUGUUUUCCAAAUUUAUUAAUGGCUUUAGUUCAUGGAAAUUGGUACAAUUCAAGAUAAUAUGGGACGUUUUGGAUGACUCUUGGUCGACCUCCUUCAGGAUGAUGCCAUAGGCCAUCGUUAGUGUGAACGUUUUAUUAGUUUUAUGCCAAUUUCAUCCAAAUUUUGUUUUAACUGUUUAUGUUUCUCAAUCUAUAUUUUUCCUAAAUUUAAUGUUUU